AUGGAAUCGGACUCAGAUAGCAGCGGUCUAUCAUCCGCGCCAGAAGAUGAGGUCAAGAAACUCGCGCCGAUUUUUCUGAAAGCAAAGAAGGCUACCAAGUUGGUCGCUCCUCCACCAAAGGCCUCGCCUCCUCGGCCUAAGAGAGAACCAUCACCACCACAUGAAGAAGUCCUCGCGGAUAACCCAGACAUUGCAUUUAUCGUUAUGUUCCGAUCGCGCUUCAACGAAUGCUUCCCUGGCAAGUGCCCACAAUUUGGACCGCAAGAUAUCGAGAGAGGAGUUGUGGACAGCAUACCCAGUCCAGAAGUGCAGCAACUGUUGUGCGCCUUGCUGGGAUUGGUUCUGAAUAGAAAGAAGCCAGUUGAGCGAACCUCUUAUGGACGCGCGCUUGAAGAAGCAGUCCUCUCGCACAAGGCACAAUGGCCAUACAAGUGGGCCGGCCAGAACCCGCUGCAUGGCGGCAAGGACUUCAACAAUAUGAAUCCGGCGGAGAGGCUCAAUCUGCUCCGUACGCUCGUGAUCUGGGCACUCGGCUCCUCCGAGCUUGUAUCCGGGAUGAUUAGAGACAAGUACAAGCAGCAACGACAUCACGACGACGAGAACCAGCCCUUAUCGGUCCAGCCAUGGGGCCAAGACGGCGAUAAGAGACGGUAUUUCUUGAUCCAAGGACUCGACGAUACUGGUUUCAGAGUAUACAGGGAGGGCAGUCGCCAUACCAAGAACGCGCAUUGGUACAACCAGGCAGGCACCAUUGAAGAGGCGAAGGCAUUGGCAGAGAAGCUUGAAAAGGUGGAUGGUAGUCAGGCAGCGAGGAGACUGAGUAUACGCAUCACCAAUGCCAUCCCCAUGUUUGAGGCGACACAGGAGAAGAGACAGCGUCGCGAAUACCGCCAACAGCGUCGUGCAGCUUUCUCACGACCCGAGCCUGGCUUUGGCAUCUACGAAGGACGCACUCGUGGCAAGCGCAUGCGAUAUACCUACGACGAUAACGAGGACGGAGAAGACUCGGAUGCCACAUCUACUAGGAGGUCGACACGCGGCCAGAGCAACCGCAGCACACCUUUCGAAGCUGGACCCAGCUUCACAGCAUCUGGCCGGCAGAUCAAGCAGCCUCGUCAAGGUGCUUACGGAGAGAGCCUUCUCAGCACCAAUGUCAUGACUACAGAU